UUCUUGUCCUCGCUUGUCGCUGAAUCCUCUGACGGAGGCUGUGGCUCCUCUUUCUGCGGCUCCGUCGGUGACUCCGCGGUGUCCGACAUCUUCUCGUUAGCACUGCGGGGUUAGCUGGUGGCUUCGGAGCAACCCGGGCCGCUAUUGGUUCAGAGAAACAUCAAUCUCAAAGACUCGCGUUCCUAUUGGUUAAUACCUGAGGGCUGGCGUUGGAGCUCUUCCUCUUAGCCACAUGCUAGGAGGGGUCACAUGGAAAUAAUACUUGAACCUGGCAGCUGAACUCUGGACUCACGUCUCCCCACACUUGCAGCAGUCAGACAACAUGGCAAGCAUCGGCAGACUUUCCACCAAGGAUACGGUCCUCCUCCUGUGUGACAUGCAAGAGAAGUUCAGACCCAACAUCUACCAGUUCCCCAACAUCGUCAGCAACGCAGCCAGACUGCUCCAGGCCAGUCGUGUCCUGGGCAUCCCCCCCAUCUUGACAGAGCAGUACCCCAAAGGUUUGGGUCCCACAGUGCCAGAGCUGGGAGCAGAGGACCUGAAGGCUCAUGCUAAGACUUCAUUCACCAUGAUGAUAGAGGAGGUGGAGAAGGAGCUGCAGGCACUUGGAAAUCCCAAACAGGCUAUUCUUUGUGGAAUUGAGGCACACGCCUGCAUCGCGUGCACGACCUUUGACCUGAUUGAAAGGGGAAUGGAGGUUCAUAUUGUAGCUGAUGCCGUCUCAUCCAGAAGUCAGACAGACCGAUUGUUUGCUCUGUCACGACUGAAGCAGAGCGGAGCUUACCUUACCACCACAGAGGCUGUUCUGCUGCAGCUGGUCCGAGAUGCCAAACACCCCAACUUCAAGGAGAUCCAGAAGCUCUUGGCUCAUCCGUCCCCUGACACCAACCUCCUUGCCUUCUUCAGCACUCUGUGAAGAGACCACCACCUGUUCUGUUUCAUAAACACUAUACAUAGAAAUACAGGAUGUUACUUCUUCCAUCAUACAGAUGAAUAGCUUCAAUAAAGUUAUACUGCUACAUACAA